AACAAUAUCAUAAACUGUGGUUCUGAAACAGUACGCUGCGCUAGGAACAUUAUCUUGUGGGUAUAUUUAUAUAUUCUUUACGUUAUGUACGACCAUCCGAAUGGAACUUAGUUAUUUUAUAACGCCACGAUUCGACUGAUCCAAAAUGCAUUGAAGUCCUAAGAUCCGAUUUAAUUCGAUAGCACAGCAAUACAAAAUUAGAACAUAACCUUGGUUUUUUGGUCCAUAAUAUCGCUCACAGCAACAGGUGGAUUUAUUUUCAUCACGUUUGUGGAUAAUUACAAAGAUCAGUUGAUACUUAAGUUCCUUUGCUAAGAAAGCCGAAAACAUGUCCGUCAUUCAUAUCUUGGGAGGUAUCAAAGCCGAACCAAAAGAGCUGUUAGAAGUUAAGAUAGAAGAAAUUACUGAAGAUGAUAUACUGGACAGUGAAAUCUUGGACAACAAAAUAGAGACAAAAUCCUUGAUAACGCCUUCAAUUAAUAUUAUUUCUAAAGAAGUUCUGGCGGAAAUAAAUGAGUCCAAUCAAAAAGUUGUGAAAACAGCUUCAAAAGGGAAAGAAGUAGUUGCUAAGAAACGGCCAGUCAAGAGACCUGUACCUGAGCUGUUAAUCCUGAAUUAUACUUCUCAUAACUCCAACAGGGUACAGGAAUAUGAAAUCGGAAUAGAUGAAGAUGGCUUAUACAGUUGUUUCUACUGCCUUUACCGGCAUGAAAAAAAGACGUAUACUAUGUCGCAUAUAGUCAACAGGCAUCGGCCCAAGCAAAAAUGUCCCCGCUGUCCGUUCGAGACCAUAACGAACCGACGCAUGAAGGUGCACAUGCGGAAACACGACUACCCCAAUAGAUGCAAGCAGUGCGACUUCAGUACCGAAUCGCGGUCGGAGAUGAUCCGACACAUUUUGGACUCUCACCAGAAAUUCGUUUGCGAAAAAUGUCCGGACGGAUGCGGGAAAUGUAAACUGCGGAAUCAGACUCGGUGCGAGUUUAUAGACGCCCACGGCCUUAAAUCUCACAUAUUGUGCGUUCAUACCCCUGCGGAGCAGAUCGAUUGGUUCCAUUGCGCUCAGUGCGACUCGAAGUUCAAAAAAAAGGGACCGCUCAUAAAGCACAUCAGGGAAGCGCACAGUUUUUCGGAGUACGAGUCGUGCGACGUGUGCAAUAAGAAAUAUUCGUCUCGAAAUAGAAUGUUAAAUCAUAAACUUCGGGUCCACAAGAGGAAGGUCUUCAAGUGCAACCAAUGCGAUUUCUCCGUGUUUUCCAAGAUUUCCUUGAUCAAUCAUAUGAUACGACACGGAAACUUGAACGAAGUGGAAGACUUGAAAUGCAAGAUUUGUAACUACACCACCAAGUUUGAGUCCUCAUUGAAAGCUCACAUGAAGAGAACACAUUUGAACCAGAGAGUUCAGUGUGAAUAUUGCCCGUACCAGACCACCAACAAAACCAUAUUAAAGUUGCACUUGAUAAGCAAGCACGGCAGGAAAGACGGGCCGUGCUAUAAGUGCAAACAUUGCGAUUAUCAGACGCACCGAUUGCAUACUUUAAGAAUGCACGAGCUGAAACACAAGAAGCCCGACGAGUUGGAAUACUUUUACUGUUAUCACUGCACGUUUAAGGCGACCCGCAAGGAUAACUUGAAAGUGCAUAUUUUCAAGCACGACGCUUUCAGGCAACGGUACAUAUGUUAUAUUUGCAAUUACGCCGCCAACUCGAAAUUUCUUCUCGUCAAGCAUAUCGACAAACACUCGCGCGACACGAACGGCUCCGAAUCGGUGAAAAUUAAAACGUCAAAAAAAUAAUGGGAGUUAUUAGGAUACGUCCGGAUAUUAACAAAACCAACGAAAAUAUUUUUCGCAAAUUCUUUUUGUUUUUCAACUUCAACAAAUAUAACCAAAGCCUUCGUACAAAGCCCUAACCAAUUCGCAGAGGGCGCACUAUGUUUUGAUGGCAUGUGAAGCUGGAAGUGGGCGGCUCAGAUCGAGGUCCACAAAUCUACUACUAGAGUCGGAAUAGUUAAAGUUCUGGUUUGGUAUAUGGUGAGUUAAAAAGAGUUGAGGUGGACAAGCAUAAUGUUUACCGUAAACUGGGGUGACUUCGUGAUAGAUUUAGCAAUUUUUGUCGAUAAUGGAAUUACGUUUUAUAGAAAUAAAAUAUCUGACGCUUAAGAAAUAAGGCUACACAGAAUCUUAACCCUUAAAAUUAACAAAAAAAUACUCACAAAAAUUCUUGUUUCAAUUUGACCUCACUCGACGGGAUUUUGUGGAAAAUAACGGUCUGAAAGUAUGUUUUUCAUAUUGUCACGAAGACACCUCCCAAAUUUUGAUCAUACAAAAAUGUCUGUCACAAAGUGUACACAAAGAAAACUUACUAAACGAGCAAAAACAAAAAAUUUGAAACUUACAGCACACUAAAUAAUAAUUCUUACUAAAAAACAUUGGAAUGCAAUGAAAUAUUUGUCUACGAGACGAGAUUUGCAAUGGCUUAUUGAUUUUGUUCAUCCUUUCUGUCAGACCAGUUCGCUCCAUUGCAUUAAGACAAACCUCAUUUUCCUUCAUUCCAAGGAGAGGGACCACGUCAGGAAAAAAAUUGCCUUCAUAGCAUAUGAUAACAUAAUUUCCAACCUUUAUCAUCAUCAUCGUCAACCACUGAUCUAAUUGCUGGUGGUAUGUCACCUUCCUACCUAUCAUCAAACUUAGAUAUAGAAGACGAGCUGGUUUCCCUAUAUGAAACCGCAUCAAAAUCUUCACUUGAUUCCGAAUUACUUUGAAAACAUCUUAACUAAAGUAUUUUCUCAGAUCUAUUCUAUAAGAACGGAAAUGAUUAACAGUGAGGGAACCUGAAACAUUUGUAAUAACUCAUACUAGUCAAACGGUGAUUGCUAUAUGUUUUUUCAACUCCCGUCUGUAAAAUACCUAAUUACACACCGACCUAGCGUGCGGGAAGCGUAGUUUUACGACGUCAGUUUCGUUUCCCACGAAUCCGAGCCACUUCGGACAUUUCCGGGAUUUUACCGCACGGGUUUGAGAGCAAUCGGAUGUUUUCGGAGACAUUUCCCAUGCUUUGAAUUUUGACGUUUGUCAAUUCCGACGGUCAUGUCAGUCGGCGUCAGCCGACGACGGUCGUGUUUUGCGAAAAUGUACCCAAAAACGAACGAUCGUAGAAAAAUUAUAGUAUGCAACACGUUCGGUAAACUUUUUAACUCACUCGUUUAUUAUAGCAUCGCGUCAAACCAUAAGUGAUAAAACAAUAAACAAAGUUGAUAGUGAUUUCAGCCAACAGACACUUAAAGAAAUUUACUAUUCCACUUUGGGAGAUGGAAUUUUAGAUUUCUCUAACGUCCUUGCCAAUUUUAUAAAUAAUAAAAUUAAAAAAUGUUAUUCAAAUAUUUGAAAACCCGCGGGAACCAUAUCCGUUCCGCAAAGAGGUAUUUGUAUUCGUAAAUAUUCGUUAUGCGUAUUCUUUUAUUAGUGAUUUUGUACUGCGUCACAACUUAUUUUCUUUACUAAUACAUCUUAAAAAGUGGGCGGUGCUUCAUAACCCAGCGCAGCAGCUUCGCAUAAGUGCCUUAAUAGGUUAAUUUAUUUUUGUAAUGAUAAGGGUGCCAAGAUCGGGACUUUAUAUGAUUUUUAGAUCUAUCGUUGUUUUAGAAAAAUUUUAAUGUUUUUUACUUAUAUUCCAUAUGCAAACGUUGUUUAACACAUGUUAUCGUAGUUUAUCACAUUCUCUAAAAAAUAUGUUUAUAUACUAUGUACUUUUGGGAUUUUACUUUUACAUUUAACACAAUAUUUUAUUGUUAUUUUUAUUGUAUAUAAUUUUAAUGUGAAUUUUAUUUUUAAAUAAAUUCUGUUGCCAGUAGGUGUACUGGUUGACCCCUCUUUUAAUUGAUUGUUUUUUU